UUCUCUCCCCACAAUUUACCAGACUCGGACGUUCUUCGUGUCUUUUACAACUGCAAAAGCAACGAAGCUUGCCAUAGUAUUUUUCUUGUCUUUUUAUACUUUUAAUGGAAGACAUUAGUAGCAGAAAGCGAGUCAGGGGUGAGUCGGACGAGUUAGAAAUUGAUUCGCCGGAGGUGAAACGACUCAGAGACGAUUUGUUAGGUGUACUUGACGAAUCGGAUCCUGACCCGGCCAUCCAGGACCUUGAUUCGGUCAUGAAGAGUUUCGAAGAAGAAAUAUCCGCUUCCUUGUCAUUACCGGUGCCCGUUGUCGAUCUGACUUCAGAUUCCGGUGAUUCCCAUCCGGAUCUCGGGUAUCUUCUAGGUGCUUCUGAUGACGAGCUUGGUUUGCCUCCAACGUGUACUUCUAGCAACGAGUUUAAGUAUGAAGUGAUUGAGCUGGCUCGAGUUUCUUCUGGGAUCAACGAGUUCUGGGGGUUCGAUGACGAGAUCCCGUGUUAUGACUCGUUUGUGUUGGGAGUCGGUGAUUAUGUUAACCAGGAGUACGGGGCGCUUGAUGGGUUGUUUGACCAUUCGGAUCUUUGCUACCCGUCGGAAUAUGCGGAAUUGUAACCCGCGGCGCCUGAAACACCGUAGACUAGAACUGGACGUGGCUGUUUUGGCGGACCGAACGGCGUCGUAUUGUAAAUUCAUCUAGUUUAUUUAUUUUUUUUUUAAAAAUUAUAUAACUUUGGGAUGCUAAAUAUAAAAGAUGCUUUUAGUAACAAAAUCAAAAUGGUUCAAUUUUAU